AUGUACGCAAGCAGCGUGUUCUUCGAAAGCUGGCGCAUUAGCAGUAGCGAUUUAGGCUUUGAUUAUGCGGAGCACAAACACCCCAUCACUACCCUAGCCAAGCGCGCUGGAGAGGACCCCUUGCAAAUCCUCUAUCCUGAACAUUGGAUCGACGUCCCCGUGGACCACUUUCAGAACGAGACAAAGUACGAGCCACACGACCACACCACAUUCCAACUGCGCUACUGGUUCGAUGCUCAGCACUACCAACCCGGCGGUCCAGUCUUUGUCCUGCAGUCGGGAGAGACCUCAGGAACGGACAGACUACCCUUUCUACAGAAAGGCAUUGUAGCACAGAUCACGAAGGCCACGAACGGACUCGGUGUCAUUCUGGAGCAUCGAUACUAUGGCACAUCAUUCCCCGUGAAGAACUUGACCACAGAGAACUUCCGCUUCCUGACCACGGCACAAGCAAUGGCUGACAUGGCAUACUUUGCCCAAAAUGUCGAGUUUCCAGGCGUGAAGGGCAACCUAACGAGCGACAAGGUCCCGUGGAUCGCCUAUGGAGGGUCGUAUGCUGGAGCUUUUGUUGCAUUCCUGCGCAAGCAGUACCCGGAUGUGUACUGGGGAGCGAUCUCUAGCUCUGGUGUGACUGAAGCUAUCUGGGACUACUGGCAGUACUACCAGCCCAUCAUAGAGCACGCCCCACAGCACUGUAUCGCGACACAGCGAGACUUGAUCAGCGUUGUGGAUGGCAUCCUCAUCGGCAAGAACAGUACAGAUCUCCCCAUGCAGCUCAAGGCGGCCUUCGACGUGGCGGACCUUACGUACGAUGUUGACUUCGCCAACUAUCUGGGCAGCGCCAUCUCGUGGCAGUCGCUGAACUGGGACCCGGCGGUCUCUAGCGAUUCUUUCUAUCGAUACUGCAACAACAUCACCUCCGCAGAGGCUCUAUACCCUGGUCUGGAGAGCAGACGUUCAAACGUCACCAACCUGAUCGACGAGAGCGGCGCCAGCACCAACAAGUCCCUCGAGACCGCCAUGCUGAACAUGAUCGGCUACUUCAACACCUCCUUCCUAGCAUCCUGCGACGGAACCGCAGACUCAUGCUUCGGCCGCCACAACCAAACCUACUACGACCUCACCACCAUCGAAGACGCAAACUACAAAUCCUGGCCAUACCAGUACUGCACAGAAUGGGGUUUCCUCCAGACCGGCAACACACCACCAGAAUACGGCGCCCCUAUCGUAUCGCGACUCAUGACCCUCGAAGACCAAAGCCUCAUUUGCCGCGCCGCCUUCAACAUCACCACUCCACCAGAUAUAUCAACCGUCAACAAGUACGGAGGCUACAACAUCUCCUACCCACGUCUCGCGAUCGUCGAUGGAGAUUGGGAUCCGUGGAAGCCAUCGACUCCUCAUGGCUUCGAGUUUGGUGCUAAGGAGCGGAUGAGUACGGCAAGCGAGCCCUUCAUCCUAAUCGCGGAAGCUGUGCACCAUUGGGAUGAGAAUGGUCUUUUCCCGAAUGAGACGACCGCGACGCUGCCUCCGCAUCGGAUUGUAGAUGUACAGGCGCAGGAAUUACAGUUUGUGCAGGAGUGGUUGCUGGCGUGGGAGCAGGCUUGCAUGGUGGAGGGGCGGUGGGAGCUUUUGUAG